CCUUUCUUGGCCCCUUCCCCUUGAGGUUUCUCUGCAGCUGAGCAGCACUGUGGACAUCUGUGAUGGGCUCCCGCUCAGGAGACAACCUUCCCCUAAUGCUGGACCUCAGGGCUCCUGGGACUUAUUGGUCUCCUCAGUGUCUGCAGUAGUUCAGCCGAGGGCUCUGGAGCCCAUGGUCCUGGGGGUCAAGAUUCUGGAGCCCGCAUUCUUCUGACGGGGAUCCAAGGAGGUUCUGUCUGGUUCCAUGUGAACCAGUGGCCUGGAAAAGAUCUAGGAGCCAAGCUGGAGGAGACCACGUGGGGCUUUGCCUCUGAGUCAGAGUACACAGUGAUGCUGAGAGUCCAGAGAGGGACAAGUGCUCCAUUCUGCUCCAACCUCAUGGACAGGUACAAAGCAAGGGUCCAAGUGCCAAAUGUGACAUCCCUGAAGAUUGAGAACCGGACUCCACAGGACAGUGGGAGAUACAAGGCAUGCUCCUGGUUAACUGAUGCAACAGAAGUUCUCCAAAUUUCCCACCUCAAGGUCUAUCAGCCUGUGUCCCCUCCACUGAUCCUAGUCAAGGCUUUGUCCAUUACACCAGGCUGGUGCAAUGUCACCCUGGACUGCAGGGCCACAGGGGCCACAGAGGACCUGAAUGUGACCUGGGAGAGCAAGGGCCUCCCCAGGGAGCUGGAGCUGAGAGGGACAUGAACACCAGGCCCCAACUCCUGGACCCAGGGUGUGAACAUGCCCCUGAGCGUGGCCAACACCUGCCUCACCUGUGUAGUCAGCAAUUCCAUGGACCAUAACAAUGCCACCUCAGGCCUUGGUGACAUCUGUUCACAAGGUGAGU